GAAUAAAGAUGGUGGCCGAAGAGGAUCCGCGUUAUUUUGUGCUCCUGAAAAUCUCUCGAAUUGUGGUGAAAAUCGCGGAAAAAUGUGCUAAUUAGUUGUUGAGGAGUGAUAUGAAAAUCACCCGGGACGGAUGUUGCCGUUUGCCAAUGUGUGACAGUGCUUAUUUUUCGCGUAUUGUCCGUUCGAGAAACAUCUGUGCUGCCGAGAAGUGUGGGGCUUUUUUGGAGGCUCACUGAACACAAGCGGAGGAAAAGGACGGAAUUCACGGAGUCGGCGAUUUUCGCAUUUGCGGAAAAUUGGGAGGAGCGUUGUGGCAACACUGCCGGAGAGAAGGACUGGUAGAAGAAAGUGAGGAAAAUGGUUGUCGGAGAAUCAACGGAGGCAGGAGCGGCAAAUGCCCUGCCAACACCUCAAACGACAGCACCAACUGGCUUCCCCAACCAGGCUGCUGUGGACAAUAUAAUGAGUGGUAUCGGGAAUACAGGAACUGUUAAGUUGAAUAAUCACAGGAAGAAACUUCGACAGAGGUUCGACAUAAUUAAGAAACUGGGACAGGGUACUUAUGGCAAAGUGCAGCUCGGCAUCAACAAGGAGACUAGUCAGGAGGUGGCCAUAAAGACGAUUAAGAAAUGCAAGAUUGAAACUGAAGCGGAUCUCAUAAGGAUCCGACGUGAGGUGCAGAUCAUGAGUUCUGUGCAACACCCCAAUAUUAUUCACAUUUACGAAGUAUUUGAGAAUCGUGAGAAGAUGGUGCUAGUCAUGGAAUUUGCGGCGGGUGGUGAGCUGUAUGAUUAUCUGUCGGAGAGGAAGGUGCUGUCCGAGGAGGAGGCUCGUCGGGUGUUCAGACAAAUCGCAACAGCUGUUUACUACUGUCACAAGCACAAGAUAUGCCAUCGUGAUCUUAAAUUAGAGAAUAUUCUCUUGGAUGAGAAUGGCAACGCAAAGAUUGCAGACUUUGGUCUGUCCAAUGUGUUCGACGAGCAAAGACUGUUGGCGACAUUCUGCGGCUCGCCCCUGUACGCCUCGCCGGAGAUCGUCAAGGGGACGCCGUAUCAGGGCCCGGAGGUGGAUUGCUGGUCUCUUGGGGUGUUGCUGUACACGCUCGUGUACGGCGCCAUGCCCUUCGACGGCUCCAAUUUCAAGCGGCUGGUGAAACAGAUCAGUCAGGGUGAUUACUAUGAGCCGAAGAAGCCCUCGCCAGCAUCGCCGCUGAUCCGCGAGAUGCUGACAGUGUGUCCGCAGCGGAGAGCGACCAUUGAGCAGAUUUGCAAUCAUUGGUGGGUAAAUGAGGGCUAUCAGGAGUCGUGCUUGGAUCUGGCCGAAGAGCUGGCCAACCAAACACCCGUGCGAUUGGAUGUUCUUCUUUCUCUGGCGCCGUCUUCCGUGACGGCGGAUCAGCUUGUGGUGCCCGGCGUAGAGGAUGGCAAGUCCACAGAUCGCGUGACAAGAAGUCAUUCAGUUGGAUCAAUCAUCGACUUGGCCAGCACUGAAGCUGAGAGGAGGAUUAUCGAUAUGGUUCAAGCGGGUGGAGAAGCAGCUUUGAUGCCCUCGCCAACGAGGACAAUCACCCCAGCCGAGAGUCCUGCGCAACCAAAGCGGAAACUGGAGACGACGGUAUCCAUGGAGAAUGCAACAGGUGCAAAGAAGAAGGAGAAGCCCACAGAUAACCUGAGGAAUGAAUCUCUGACUAUAGUGGAGGCGAUGGACGUUGAUCCCGGAAUGGCUGAGGGUCAACCUGAGGCAAUUGCUGAGAAAGCGAAAGAGCCUGCAGCUGGUGAGGUGCUGGCGGAUAUCAAGGAGGAAGUUGCUAGCAAGGAGAGCAGUCCGGAGAAGAAGAAGGUGGUGAAGAAGAAGACAUCGCCAGCGAAGGUGGAUGAGGAGGAGGCGGUGAAGGAGAAGACGCCCGUGAAGGUGGUGAAGAAGACGGCAAGUAAGAACAAGACGGCGGAUUUGGCAGCGACAAUUAAGGAAGUAGCCGAUGAGGAGGUGACGACACCGCCUGAGCGCAAGAACAGCCUUCCCGAUGAGAGUCUCACGAAGCCGACGGAAAGACGGCGCUCACGUAUUUUCGAGACGGCGGAAAAAUUCCAAAAUAUGGCCAAUCAAGCGAGUGAUAGAGCGAAGAAGUUUGUGGUGCCCGGCGUGAAGAGAGACACGGAGCGUCGUGCUUCCGUGCCGGUGGCGGAGUGCGUGGAGAAGGAGACGACAUCCCAGACAGUGCAGCAGAGUGAGGAGGCGAAGAGUGAGAAUGCAGAGAGUGUGCUGAAGUCGGGAGUGAAUAAGUCAAGCCCAGAUGAUUUGCAGAGCAGCGACUCGAAAGGCUCGGUGCAGAGCUUCUCACUGGAGGAGGCGAGGAGGUCGAUGGAAAAUUCAAUUGCACUGCUCAAUCAGGCUCGAAAUGAAUCGAAUCCUGAUGUUGAUCAACUAUGUGCCAAGACUGAAAAUGUGGCUGUUUCUGACGAGAAUGCCGAGCGUCAGCGAAAACUGAAGAAUGCCAGAGAAAUAAUUGGUAAUGCCAUACAGCCUGGAAGAUUAUGCAUGGGUAUUCGCAAACCGCCUGUGCCGUUUGGCAUCAAUGGACGGUCAAUAUCGGGAAGUGUGGUGCCAUCGGCGACGGGAAGUGAGAAGAAAUCGAUGCGCCUGCAAGUUGGACCGGAUCCAAGUGAUGUGAGGACGGCCACAUUUUCAGUAUCAACUCCGGAACAGAGGACUUUCGACAAGGAGCCUCUGACUGCCUCACUGGCGAAACCUGUGGCCGUUACCACUCAACCGGAGACUCCGAGUGAGGGCACAAUGAAGACGUCACGUGCGGAAAUUGUCCUGAAAUCUGCCACUCUGCCGCGGCGCAAGGUGAAGCCGGACACGGCCCUGGAGACGACGAGCAGCAAGCCAGAUACGGGAAUGCGCUUCUCCACUGAGAUGCAGCAUCAGAUGCCGGAUUUGCGAAGUGCACCCAUUCGUGAACAUUCAACACCCUACAGUCCAUUGUCACUCCAUCAGCGUGCCAUGAGCCUGGAGCCGCAGGCGAAGGAGCACUUCGUGCCAAUUGCCCGUCCCUCGAAUUACAUCAAGACGACAACAUCUUCCAAUCCCUUCCGGGCAGCAUCGCUCUCGCGCCAGUCGACGAAUGAGUCCGACACGGAGACAACGACAACCACGUCGGCCACGCAGAGUCAACAGAACGUGGCGGGCGGAGCAAAUCAGCCGAUUAAAAAGAGCCCCAGGGAAUUCAUCAUUCCCAUCGCGGUGGAAGGUGGCGGCUACAUUACUCCGCGAGCUGGCAGUCUUGAGCCGUCGGAAUCCACUGCCAGUGGCUCGACAUUUAGGAGCACAGCGAGUCGCACCAAGAGACUUGGGUCAUUGCUGGGUGAGCGCGAUUCCGAGGAGGAUUCGCUAUUCAACAAGCUCCAUCGUCACACAUCACUGACUAAGGAGAGUGACACGGAUGAGCCGAGAUUUCAUUCUAUGCAUCGUCUGAGGAGUACUCGUCCUGUGAAGAAGAUAAAUCAGGAUCCUUCAGCGGAUUCUGCAAGUUCCGGCGAAGAUGACGACGAGGAUGGAUUUGAAAUUCUCACAGCAGAGAAUCUCUUUUCAACUCUACUGCAACGAGUGCGUGCCCUGACAAAUCGGAUAAAUGUGAACAACGAAACAACAUCGGGCUUCCCAAGUUCGAGAUUUAUGAGCAACCUGAGACAGGGACACAGUCCCUUCUGGCAUCACGAUCCGUUCGGCAGUACCACUCACCCAUCUCACCAAAGUUACUCAUAUAGGAGUGAAACAGUUGAAACCAAAGUAACUCGCCUCAACAAUGGCGGUCAUCCGUGGCGAACUAGCAUGACCCGUGACCUGACGGCCGACAUUGACUCAAUGUUCUCGCGCUCAACAGGAGCCACUCUGCCAAGAGGGCCGAAGAAUAAGUAUAAGAGAGGCGGGAUUGAUCAUGAUGGCACGGAUGUGGUGGACAAUGGCGAGAAUCUGGAUCUGGCGGACUUGGACUUGUCUCAGUUGCGUCUGACGAAGAAGGAUCUCGAGACACUGUCCAGCAUCACGCCGGCGCUGUCAAAGCGCGUUCAAGAUCAACUGUUGGCCAAGUUGCCGCCCAAUCAAGCCAAGAAGCUCUCGCGCACGCUGUCAAUGCAGAACAAUGCGUCGCAAAGUGCUAAUCAGAAGAUUUACAAGAGGAGUUUGAGUGGCGGCAGAGAUAUCAGUGAUGGGAAGCCAGAUCUCAUUAAAGACGUUACAGAUUUGGGCGGAAAGGCCACAGAUCUGGACAGAGACAGCAUCUUCCGGCGCAGUUUGAGCAGAACGAGAUACGACACUGGUGAGAAAGAGUCCAGAAGCUCCAGCAGAUGCAGGGAUUCACUCAGAUCUUCCUACUCGAGUGACGCCAGUGAUAAGUACAAGACCUACUCGCACUCGCCCUAUUCGGACAACUUGACGGUGGACAGGAAGAGUGACUACGACAAGCCACCCUCACCGUACAGGUACUACGACACUCUGCCGCCCAGAUCGUCUUGCAUAAGCCCCACAAAAGAGCAAUACGGACGCCCUCCGAUUGGCGGCUGUCUCUCUCCUCCGCCUGUUCUCAGCUCUGACAACAGCGUCUUGAGGAGGAGAUCGUCCCAGAGGCGGAUUUCACGCUUCCUGCGUCCUGAUUUCUUCGACACGCCGCGCGAGGAGAGCAUCUACGUGGCAGACAAGGAGUCUCGCGAUGCGGAAUCGCAGAAGAUUCUGCGCGAGAUCAGGGAGAGGAGCCGCGAAAGGAGUCGUGACAGAGCGCUGGACUAUGAUCGCUACAAAAGGGAAUCCAGUGAGGAUCGCCUGACGUACUUCUCAGACAAAUACACGCCGGAGGUUAGGAAGCAUCUCGUCAAUUGUCCGCAAUACAACUCUGAUCCCGUGGCGAAUGCCCUGGAUCUCAUCAGUACGCGCAGGAGGAGUUUGUCGCGAUCUCGUGAUUUGUCAGAAGGUGCCAAAAGCUGUGACAGUGAGAUCUCUCUCACAGACAGGAUUCUCAAUGAAUUGCAGAACAUUAGUCGCGCGAAGGCGGAGAAUUCGAUUGAAGAGCCACCAAUCAAGACUAAAGUGAAGAAAUCAAAAUCGAAGUCUGAUAGUUCUGAAAGAACCGGGGAGGAGAAGGUGAAGAAGCAGAAAUCAAAGAGCAAAAUUCCUGCCAAAGCAGAUUCAAAUCAAUCCUGUUUGCCUGCCAAUGAAAUGGAUCUCGUGAAGAAUCUCACAGAGCAGAUAAAUUCAGUGAAUCUCCUGCUGGAGAAUCCGCCAAGUGAGGAGAAGACGAAGAAGGAAUCAAAGUUAAUGCGUCCCAAGUCUUAUCCCAGCAAGGAGCCGGAGAAAGUGAAGAAAAUCUCUCCGGAUAAGAGCAAAUUGGCACUUGUGAGUGAGCAAGAAGUGCUCAGAGAGGCUCAACAAUUGCCCGUGCAGGAGGAGAAAUCUCAGAUGCGGCCCAAGAGCUUCCCCAACUCAAAAUUGACACCCCCGAAGGAACUCAAGGAGUUCAAGAAGUCCAUGGAAAUCAAUGGGAGCGCCCCAGUAGAGAAGAUGUCGAAGAACAGUAAAUCCCCGGUGGAAUCUGGAAGCUCCACUGCCACGAAAACAACGAAGAAAGUCGUGAAGGUUGUGAAGAAGUCACCGCCAAAGCCCGAAAACGGUGAGAAGAUGGAGAAGAGUCCUGUCAAACAGGAGGAGAUCCGGGAGAAGUCGCCUGAGAAGAAGAGCAGGGGAUUCUUAUACAGCAUUAGCCAGAAAUUUGAGAAGCUGAAGGAGAAUACGAAAGGCAAAGAGAAGAAGAAUCCUACUAAAUCCGUUGAGAAGUCCAAAUCGAAGGAAUGCGUGUUGAAUGGGGGAGAGAACAUCCCAUCAACUGGGAAUGCAGAGGAGAUUCCUGUGGUGUUGGUGAAGAAGAAGAGAUCAAAGACCACAGAAGGACUCGCUGAAGAGUCCCGUGCAGAGGACAAGAGUCAAGCUGCUAAUAAACUCGACAGGAAGUCGAAGAUUGAUGCAAUGAUACGGAAUCUGAGGGAGAGAUCUGUGCCCAGAGGCUCAGGAAUAACAGAAUCUGGCCUGAUAAAGCGGGCUGUGAGUGUGGAGGACAUGCCAGGAGCCUUCAACAAGUGCAGCGUCAAUCGCGUCUUGGGAUUGUUCAAGAAGAUCGAAAAGGAGAGUCAGGAUGUGAAUCGCGUGAGGAAUACGAAGAGCAUUGGAAAUGUCGUGGGGCUUCAGGCGGAGAUGAAUGGCGUGAAGGAGAGACCCAAGUCCAGUGGCUUCGUGAGCAAGUUGAAGAAGACUUAUCCAUACACGGGAGCCAAGAGUGACACCAUUGUGACCAUAACGGAGGCUCUGCAGAAGCAACAGAUAGGCAAGCAGGACAAAAUGAAUGGGAACACGAAGAUUCCCAUGAAAUGUCUGCCCAAUUGUCCGGAAUGUGGCGAGGAGGCGAGUGCUGUUCAGGUCACGAAGAGGCAUUCCAACGGAGACGCCAUGGGACAGAGUAUGGAGGAGAAGGAGCGCAUCAGGAACAACAGGAAGGGUCUUAUGCUGGACUUCACGAAGCUCGAGUGCUGUCCAGAAAGCAAAAGGCACUCAAUGGUUGAGCCAAAGGUGACGAACUACACCAAUAACAACUUGGCCAACCAUUCCGCCGCGACAGAAAUCAACCAGAAUCAUCUGCACACUCCCUCGUCGGACUACAUGGCCAGUUACUCCUCAGAUAGCCGGAGUCCCUAUGAUAUCGACUGCGGCGCCUCGACCAGCACGUUCUUCUCGCCCACGGACGAGCCAGAGCUGUACUUUGAUGACUGGUCAGUUUGCUCUGAUGAUCACCUGAUUGUCAACUCUCCGCCGCCGCUCACGAAGCUCUCGCACAAUCCAGUGCACGUGAUUUCUCCGCAGCACAGCCAUCCAGCGUCCGUGGAGAGCAUCGUGGACCGCAUUCGACGGAAGAGUUUCUACACGCGCUUCAAUGAGAAGAAGCCCAAACGCGUAAGCACAAUCGUGGGCCCCGCGGCCAAGGACUACUAUCGCGACUCCACGUCGCGGUCCAAAUCCCGUCCGCCGGAGUACAUCAAGUCGCCCACAAUAACCAUUGGCGAUCACUCACGCGGAGUUCACGAGUACUACAGGCCGCUGCGAAUGCCCACGGACUCCACCACGUCCUCGUCAAGCAGCAGCAGCAAGCACAACUCGGCGCCGGUGAAUGGUUAUCGAUCGGUAGACUUCCUGCCGCAGCGAGAGUAUCUGCGGAGGCCCAACUACUCGGCGGAUCUCGGCUAUCAGGUGAAGAACACACCGGGCAACAGGAGCAGCCUCUAUGGCGAGGGCAAUUCCAUCUACAGCACCUACAGCCCGAAGCGAAGAGUGUCCUAUGCCAGCGGCGGACCCAUUGACACCUACGCGACGCUGGGCAGGAAGUCUGCAGGCCUCCUCGUGGGCAAGUGCGUGGAGAAUGGAGCCAAUCCAAGCAAUAACUUCUACGUGAGGACAUCCUCUGCUCUUCCCUCGCGCAGAAGUCCAACGACAAACAUUUGAUCGAAGCCACAGCAUCAAUUGGAGGUGAUCUUCGGGCGCAAUUGUUUCUGCAUCUUCAAGCCGUGAUUGCGAGAGCAAACAUUCAAAUAAGAUUAUGUCGAUUCGACAAGUAAGCAAAAGAGAGAAUACAGAUUACAAAGAAGUACAUUUACCACAGGAAAUGUGGCAGAAUGAGAUUUAAAAUACACACGAAGAUAUAUUCUAAAGUGGAUGAAUUUUUAGGGACUGUUUAUUCUUUUAUAAUGUUUUUUAGACAAUUUGGGAUAUAUUUGAUGAGAUUAAAUGAAAUUUGAACAUGAGGAUGCGUGAAAAGAACUUCCAAACAGAUACUUUUUUAUUCUUAGCCUCGUUUGUCCUCCUAAAUGAGCGUUUCACACAUCCCAAAAAAAAAACAUUGGACAAUUUUUAUAUGAGCGACCUUUUAACACUCUUUUUGUAUACAAAUCAGCAAGUUUUAAAGAGAUUAACGAAAGGCAGUAUCGCGCACAAGAGAAGGUGGUUGGGAAUUUGUAGAAUGAUUAGAGAAAGAGAGAAGGAAUAAUUCAAUAAUAUUGUUAACGUUUUUAGCGCAAUUUUUCCCGCCUCUCAGCGCGAGAGGAGGAAUAAAUGUGUUGAUGAAAAAUAACUAUAUCUCCUAGUAAACUUAGCCAAGUGAGAAGUAAUAAAUGAAAGUCUUAGUGUCCUUACGAAUCAAAUGAAUUGUUAAUUUUAAUCAAUUUCUAAUAUCUAUUGUAGAACAAUUGGAAAUGAGAAAUAGAAAUGCAAUUGAAAUUUUUGUAGUUUGUUGGAGAUUGGCGGAUGUUUUUUUCUUCUCAAAUUAGUUUGAAUCCUAGCCUUACAAUUGAUAUGAUUUAUGCCAAGAGUGGAGGUGAGAAAAAUCAUGAAAUUAUUUAUAUACGUGUAUAUUAUUUAAAUAAACCAAUAUAUACAGAAUUAGAAA